AGUUAAUGGGAGACGGUGGCAACUGAACACUACCUAGUUCCUACCAACGACCACCUUUCCCCCUUUUGAGGCGAUUGAAUUCAAGUCAGAAAUUCAAUGAAAUGAAAAAAUGUACGCAAAAUAACAAAACUCACUCUUCGUAAAGUACAAUAAUCAACUACUCUUUUCACGCAUCUUUCUUGUCCGUCUAUCUAACCUUCCUAUUUUUGAAUUUAUUGCUUCGAAUUAUUUUUCUCUCAAACCCUAAUCUUUUUGCUCAGUGGUUCUUUCAAGGAUCAUGUCGAGUUUGGAGGAGCCACUUGGUUUUGACAAAUUGCCAAGUAUGAGAACUAUUGAUAGGAUUCAGAGGUUUUCAUCUAGCGCUUGCCGGCCUAGUGGAGAUCAUAUGGGAAUGGGAAACUGCUGGAUCGAAGGAAUGAGUUGCAGCACCUCCAACAGUUAUGAUGAUGAUUGUGAUGAAUAUACCCAGGAUGCAUUCCCAUGGCAAAGGCAUACAAGGGACAUGCCCCAGGGUGACACCGUUGGUCAAAGAACACAGAGCUUGGGGAGAAAUUAUAUAAUGUUUGGAAGCACUCAUGACAAAUAUAAUUCCAAGUGUAAUGAUAAAGACAUACGAGAUAUAACAAAUAAGUUUUUGAAAGGCAUACCAAGGUUUGUGAAGAUAGUAGAAGUUGGUGCUAGGGAUGGAUUGCAAAAUGAGAAGAAUACUGUACCUACCUCUGUAAAGGUGGAACUGAUUCGUAGACUUGUGUCCUGUGGGUUGUCUGUUGUUGAGGCUACAAGUUUUGUAUCUCCGAAAUGGGUUCCUCAGUUAGCAGAUGCAAAACAUGUAAUGGAGGGAGCUCACAAUUUGGAGGGAGCUAGAUUGCCUGUUCUCACACCUAAUAUGAAAGGCUUUCAAGCUGCUGUUGCAGCUGGUGCUAAGGAAAUUGCAGUCUUUGCAUCAGCUUCUGAGGCAUUUUCAAAGUCAAAUGUCAAUUGUAGCAUUGAGGAGAGUCUUACUCGUUAUUGUGCAGUUACUCUAGCAGCUAAAGAACUGUCAAUACCUGUUCGUGGAUAUGUGUCAUGUGUUGUCGGAUGUCCAGUGGAAGGAGAGAUUCCUCCAUCCAAAGUUGCAUACGUAGCAAAAGAACUUCAUGACAUGGGCUGCUUUGAGAUUUCCCUUGGUGAUACAAUUGGAGUUGGCACACCAGGUACCAUUGUUCCCAUGCUUGAAGCUGUUAUGGCCGUUGUUCCUGUUGAGAAGCUCGCUGUUCAUUUCCAUGACACUUAUGGACAAUCUCUUCCUAAUAUUUUAGUAUCCCUACAAAUGGGGAUUAGCACAGUGGAUUCUUCUGUUGCGGGUUUAGGUGGGUGUCCAUAUGCUAAGGGUGCUUCUGGAAAUGUGGCUACGGAAGAUGUGGUAUAUAUGCUUCACGGGCUUGGUAUACAAACCAAUGUUGAUCUGACAAAGCUCCUGUCAGUUGGUGAAUUCAUCAGCAAACACUUGGGUCGUCCAUCUGGUUCCAAGACAGCCAUUGCAUUGAGCCGGGUAACAGCCGAUGCCUCCAAGAUAUAAUUUGGUAGUAGAUGUAUUUAAUAUUUGAUCAACGUUACAACUAAGGGAGAAGAUAUUUGAUUCAUGAGGCCUAUUCAAAAUAUGCAUACUAGUAUACACACGCACACAUAAUAAAGGAAUAAUAGUAAUGUGAAGCUAUGGAUCCAGUGCUUGGAAUUUGUUAAGAAGAAUUUAGUGUGUUCAAGUAUUUACGUUGCUGAUAUUCUGAGGCAGAAUCACCCUGUUUAAGUCAAUGGAAAGUGCAUCAUCUCAAAAGAUCAUACCUUGUAUUCUCUUACAGAAACAGUUACUUCUAUACUUCGAACAAAUCAAUUCUUACAUCAUUUUCGUUCAUCAAAGGAAGCAUUUUGUUCUUUCU